UACUUUGCCAUUUUUCUUCUUUCCUUCUUCAACUCACAUCCCUCUGCCGAGAGAAAGAAAAAGAAAGGCCUUUGGGAGAAUGUGGAGGCUGAAGAUAGGAGAAGGAGGCAAUGACCCAUACCUUUACAGCACUAACAAUUUCUUGGGAAGACAGACAUGGGAGUUUGAUCCUAAUGCAGGCACCCCUGAAGAGCGAGCUGAGGUUGAAGAAGCUCGCCAAAAUUUCUACAACAAUCGAAACCACGUCCAGCCCAGUUCUGACCUCCUCUGGCAAAUGCAGUUUUUAAGAGAGAAGAACUUCAAGCAAACAAUUCCCAAACCAAAGGUUGAGGAUGGAGAGGAAGUCACAUAUGAAGCUACGACAGCUGCAGUGAAGAGGAGUGUUCACUUAUUGUCAGCUCUACAAUCAAAACACGGGCACUGGCCUGCUGAGAAUGCUGGCCCCAUGUUCUAUUUCCCUCCUUUGGUCAUGUCUCUGUAUAUUACAGGGCAUCUGAAUACUGUAUUCUCUGCAGAGCAUCGCAAAGAAAUUCUCCGUUACAUUUACUGCCAUCAGAACGAGGAUGGUGGUUGGGGAUUAUACAUAGGGGGUCACAGCAUAAUGUUUUGCACAGCUCUCAACUACAUUUGUAUGCGUUUACUGGGAGAAGGACUUGAUGGUGGGCUCAAUAAUGCUUGUGAGAGAGGCCGAAAAUGGAUUCUUGAUCGUGGAGGUGUAACAACCAUACCCUCUUGGGGGAAGACAUGGCUUGCAAUUCUUGGUGUUUUUGAAUGGUCAGGCUGCCAUCCAAUGCCCCCGGAGUUUUGGCUCUUUCCUACUUAUUUUCCCAUUCAUCCAGCAAAAAUGUUCUGUUACUUCCGGCUCACUUACAUGCCUAUGUCGUAUUUGUACGGAAGAAGAUUUGUGGGUCCAAUCACACCUCUCAUUUCACAGUUAAGACAAGAACUCCACAUUGAACCCUAUAAUGAGAUCGAUUGGCCUAAAAAGCGCCAUUUAUGUGCCAAGGAAGAUCUCCACUAUCCCCAUACUGUGCUACAACUAUUGCUUUGGGAUAGUCUCUACAUAUUUUCAGAGCCUCUACUUAAUCGUUGGCCCUUCAAGAAGUUGAGAGAAAAAGCUCUUAAGAUUACAAUGGAUCACAUUCAUUAUGAAGAUGAAAGCAGUCGCUACAUUACCAUUGGGUGUGUGGAAAAGCCCUUGUGCAUGCUUGCUUGUUGGGUUGAAGAUCCAAAUGGAAUUUAUUUUAAGAAGCAUCUUGCUAGGGUUGCUGACUAUGUGUGGGUUGGAGAAGAUGGAAUAAAGAUGCAGAGUUUUGGAAGUCAAGUUUGGGAUGCUAGUUUAGUUCUCCAAGCUUUGCUUGCUAGUAAUUUAUCUGAUGAAAUUGGACCUGCACUAGUGAGAGGGCACAACUUCCUGAAGAACUCACAGGUUAGGGAUAAUCCUCCAGGUGAUUUUAAAAGAAGGUUUAGACAUAUUUCUAAAGGAGGAUGGACUUUCUCUGAUCGAGAUCAUGGAUGGCAAGUCUCUGAUUGUACAGCAGAAAGUUUGAAGUGUUGCCUAUAUUUUGCAAUGAUGCCACCAGAAAUGGUUGAAGAGAAAAUGGAAACAGAGCAAUUUUAUGAUUCUGUCAAUCUUAUUCUAUCUGUACAGAGUAAAAAUGGUGGUUUAUCAGCUUGGGAACCAGCAGGAGGUGGAUUCUGGUGGGAGUGGAUCAAUCCAGUCGAGUUUCUUGAGGAUCUUGUCAAAGAAUAUGAGCAUGCAGAGUGCACUUCAUCCGCAAUCCAGGCACUAGUUCUUUUCAAGAAGUUAUAUCCCGAGCAUAGAAAAGGAGAGAUUGAAAUUUUCGUAAGGAAAGCUGCACAGUUCCUUGAAGACAUACAACACCCUGAUGGUUCAUGGUAUGGAAAUUGGGGAAUUUGCUUCUUUUAUGGAACAUGGUUUGCACUUCGAGGUUUGAAUGCUGCUGGCAAGACCUACAAAAAUUGCCUGGCUAUUCGCAAAGGAGUUGAUUUUUUGCUUAAAACACAAAGAGAUGAUGGUGGUUGGGCGGAGAGCUACGCUUCUUGUCCCAGAAGGGUAUAUACACCUCUUGAAGGAAAUCAAUCAAAUUUGGUAAACACUGCACAUGCUUUAAUGGGUUUAAUUAUUGGUGGCCAGGCUGAGAGGGAUCCUACACCUCUUCAUCGUGCUGCCAAAUUGUUGAUAAAUUCUCAAUUGCAAAAGGGUGAUUUUCCCCAACAGGGAUUGGCAGGAGUUUUCAUGAGGAACUGCAUGUUGCACUAUGCAUUAUACAGGAAUAUUUUCCCACUGUGGGCUCUGGCCGAGUAUCGCAAGCAUGUUUGGCCUUCAAAAUGCAUUUGAAUUGAAAGGAGGAUUAUACAUAAAUAAGCAUCUCUAGCGGGAUUUAAAGAAAAUUUUAUAUUUUCUUCUACUACUGCAGCUGCUACUGCUAUAAACUCAAUAAUUUUUGAGAUAGUUGUUGAUCGCUACUUUCUCAUUUAUUAGAAGAAU